AUGGAGUCUCUCUCAGCGUCAACUAACAGCUUCACUCUGGACCUUUACAAAAAGCUGAAUGAAACUUCCAAAGGCCAGAACAUUUUCUUUUCUCCUUGGAGUAUUGCCACUGCUCUCGCCAUGGUCUACCUGGGUGCAAAAGGUGACACUGCAACCCAGAUGGCUGAGGUUCUUCGUUUUAACCAGACUGCAGGAGAAGAAGGUUCAUCUGAGACAACAAGGCCUUCUCUGGGGAGACCAAAGAAAAGAAAGAUGGAUCCUGAGCACAAGCAAGCUGAAAACAUCCACUCUGGCUUCAAAGAGCUCCUCUCUGCCAUCAACAAACCCAGAAGCACCUACUUGCUGAAGAGUGCCAACCGACUGUAUGAGGAAAAGACCUACCCGUUACUGCCCAAAUUCUUACAGCUCAUUACAAGCUAUUACAAUGCAAAGCCACAAGCUGUAAACUUUAAGAGAGCUGCAGAACAAGCCAGAGCACUGAUCAAUACGUGGGUUGAAAAUGAAACUGAGAGGAAAAUCCAGGAUCUGCUGCCUGCAGGAUCUCUCAAUUCUCGCACUGUAUUGGUCUUGGUAAAUGCCAUUUAUUUCAAAGGAAACUGGGAAAAGAAAUUUCUGGAGAAAAAUACUUCUGAGACUCCCUUCAGACUGAGCAAGACCAAGACUAAACCAGUACAGAUGAUGUUUCUGAGAGAUACAUUUCUGAUACUCCACGAAACAACCAUGAAAUUCAAAAUCAUUGAGCUGCCAUAUAUGGAAAAUGAACUCAGCAUGUUCGUUCUCCUACCAGAUGACAUCAAUGAUAACACUACUGGUCUAGAGCUGGUGGAAAGAGAGCUGACCUAUGAGAAAUUGGCUGAAUGGACCAAAUCAGCCAAUAUGAUGAAAGCUGAAGUGGAUCUGUACCUGCCCAAGUUGAAGCUGGAAGAGAAUUACAACCUUAAAUCCACUUUGAGCAGCAUGGGGAUACGAAAUGCUUUUGACCCGGUUCAGGCUGAUUUCACAGGGAUGUCAGUAAAGAAGGAUCUUUUCAUCUCAAAAGUUAUUCACAAAGCUUUUGUAGAGGUCAAUGAAGAAGGUACUGAGGCAGCAGCUGCCACAGGUGCCCUGGUGCUGAGAUCAAAAGCACCAACAAUGACUUUUAAAGCUGACCACCCUUUUCUCUUCUUCAUCAGACACAACAAAUCACAAACCAUCCUCUUCUUUGGCAGACUCUGCUCACCCUAG